CACACCAUACAUAGUACUAGGUACUCCUUCUCAAAUCCCAACAUUGAAGAUACCGAGAGCUCCUCUCUCAAGACAUCCUUUUUCAGCAUAAUCGAGCUACUUACCUUACCUCGCGACGCCUACCUCAUACAAGAUGCCGGCCUACAAUUCCAUGUUUAAUAACGAUCCUAACAUCCCACGCCUCGUUGGUAACCUCCCGCUUCUACCCCUCCGCACGAAAACCCGUGGUCCAGCAUACGUGCUCCCACAGUCGAAUCCGCCACUCCCUGCGAAUGAAAGCCCAGACCCGGACUCGGAAUCGUACGACAUUCUAGACGAAGUGAUCUCACUUUUCCGCGCCAAUACAUUCUUCCGCAAUUUCGAGAUUCAGGGCCCGGCCGACCGCCUCUUAAUCUACGGCAUCCUGUUUGUGAGCGAGUGUCUCGGCAAGAUCCGCCCUCAGCACUCUUUAAGAGAUGCUACAAAGGAGGUUCUGAACACCGCCCUCGAUCUCAACUUUGCUAUUCCGGGAGACCCUGGAUUCCCCUUGAAUCAGAUAUACGAACCUCCUCGAGACAGGCAAGAUGCCGAGCAAUUACGGCAGUAUUUGUCUCAGGUACGGCAGGAACUGGCCGCGCGGUUACUAGCGAGAGUUUACGAUGAGGAAGGAGAUGGAAAGCCGAGCAAGUGGUGGCUGAGUUUCACAAAGAGAAAGUUCAUGGGAAAGGCAUUGUAACUGAGAUGAUACAUUGGCCAGUAGAUAUACAGGAUUUUGGGGUGGAGAUCCCGAAGAUGCUGAGAAAACAGAACGGCUAAGAAGGUUUAUGCAGAGUGCGUUGUAAUGCAUAAAAUCCGAAUG